UAACAAUAGUUACGCAAGCGGGGAGGAGUGCGCUAGGCGGGAGCGGCGUGAAGGGAGCCAGCCACUGUAGCCGGAGUGAUCCCGGGCCGCGUAGCAGUCGCGUGUCGUCUUAUCGCAAAUAUCAAAUAAAAAUAUGACCUUGAAACUGACUUAAAUAACGAUCAAUCAAAACAAAAUGCAAUCGUAUAAAACUAAAUUUGAAAUUAGAACAUUGUUGUGAGUGAAUUUAUUGUAACGUUUUCUGGAUUUUUAUUUUAUUUCGUGAUAUCGUAACUUGAAAGAUGUUUUGUGUCAACAUUUUAAAUGUGGUGAUUGUACGAGUGUCUGGAAUUUAUUAAGGGUGGAGGUCGGCGACUACAAUGCAUUGUAACGAAGUACAGCGAAAGAAAUGAGCUACUAGCUACAAUUGAUACAUUACCUGUCUACCUUCGUAUUCAAAUAGGCAUCAGAAUGACUAAUGUGAAAUUAAAACUUAUGUUUUUUAUAUUAAACGCAGUACUAUCUCCGAAUAUAAUACACGGACGACCGUACUCAGAACGUAAUGUAACAGAUACGUCAAUACCUUCGGUCGAUAAUCGAUCUUUCACUUUACCAGUAGAUCCUAAUCUUGAUACGUUAGUAGUUGCUAGUGAUGAAGAAUUUGUUGAAGAUACGAGAAGUUUCAAAACUCAGUUGGACGACAUCAUGAACGCCGAACAAGAUAGAGACGAAGCAUUGUCAGAGAAAGUUAUGAAAGAUCAAGUGAGCAUUUUAGAAAUGCACAAAGAUGACGCUGAGGGUAUUGAGAAACAGCUAAACAUAUCAAGUUCGCUUUUAGAUAAGAUUAUUGAUUCGGAAACUGACAGAGAAGAGACUCUCACAGAUAUUCAGUUUAGACCAGAUUCACAUUUUGUAGAAGAUGUGCCAAAAUUUGAAUUCUUAAUAUCGACAAAAUUGAAUGAAAGUGUUGCACUUAAUGUGACUUUAAGCAAAGAUUCUGGUUUCAGUGAUAAUAAAGUUGAGAAAGGGGACAAAAAUAUUAGUGAUGUGAUGAAAAAAGCCGAAUACGUUGAAUUAGUGGAAGUGUUUAAGCCGACUAUCGAGAACAAAAGUGCGUAUAACUUAGCUAAUAUGACAGGUCAUGAGGUAGACAACGAUUUAGCGCCGGACACAAUUCUCUCGGUGUUCUCAGGUUUCACGGACAUGCAGACGCUGCUGUUGGCCUGCUUCGGGACGCUGUUGCCGCUGUUAGCAGUACUCUUCGCUACACUCGCUGUCAGGUGUUUGUGCCGGCGCUGGUGUCCCGGAUGGUGCAAGAAGGCCUCUGCGUCAUCGAUCUCCGAAAGUAGCGAAAAGCACGAUACCAACCAGCAGCGAAAAUCAAGUGAAGAUGGCGCUGGUGUAGAUGGAUUGCUGGGCGGGGAGUCGCAGCCCGCUAAUGGCUCCAUCUUCACUAUGACACUCAAGAACAAUCACCUCAUCGUGGAGACUGAAGAGAGGAAUGAUAUAACGAAGAACGGCCGUGAAACCAAAAUGAAGUAUUCACCAGACAACGAUGGCAUUUUCGUAGUCGAAGUACAGCAGUCUGCGGCAUAUCGUCCGUGCAAGUCAAUCCAGAAUUCACCUCCUCACGACCCUCAAAUAUCAACUAACCAAGCUUUAAUACAUCGCAUCCCAGAAGAGUUAGAAAGAAGGAUUAUGGAAGAAGACAGUGAAAGAAGUAUUGAAAAAUUCGAAAGACAAGCGUUAGCACUAUCGAGUACUGGACUUUCGAUCUCGGAUCUUAGCAUGUCUUCUAUAGGAUCUCAUAACGUGAGUUAUUCUUACGGUAGCCAGAUGGGGUAUGAGCAGGGACCAUUUGGAUAUCCAGUUUAUACCGGUUAUGAUAUAUCUAAAGAUGAUACUGAUGGAAUUACCCAUGACAAUUCCCAAGAACCACUGAUAGGAAAGACGCCAACUGAUCCAGAUAAGCCAGUUGUCACUGCAGCUAUUUUUAAGCAGGAUUCUAUAAUUGGUAGCGAAGCUUUACAAGGACCUGGUUACUGCAUUGAAGGCUCUACUGAUGGACCUCUCCUAUCCGAUGUACAAGCUAGAGAAUACAGCUUGCAACAUAUACAUGAUCUAAAAGAAAGAAAAAUGGAAAAUGGUGUAGCUGUACAGAUAUAUGAUAAAAGUAAAAGUCCGGAGAAGAAAGAAAAAUCUGAUUACGUUUCUUUUCAUUUAGAUAACAAGCCAUCUUCAUCUGGUGAAGUAGUUGAGAAGAAAACAGAGGAUUUACCUUUAAAAGAUGUUACUAAGAGUAAAAGAGGUUCUCUACCGACAAUUCGAGCAGAUGUUUAUGAAUCAGUGAAAGAAGUGAUUUUGGCUGGAUCUCCGAAGUUCGAGAAGUUACAAAAUGAGGUGUCACAGGAAGGUUUCGGUUACGAUAAUUCUCCGCCAAUGAUCACCAUCACGGAGGAGAGUGAGUCCGGCAAGUCUGAUAGCACCAGCUAAAGUUGGCAACAUAAGUUAACUGUAAAUAUAAG